GUCCCUCGUCCCCAGCGCCCAGCCCGGGUUUUCGUCCACGCGUACAUCGUAGGUAGGUCUACACAUCCGCCCCUUUCCUUUUGAUUACCUCCUUUCUCAGGCGCCACCGGCAAUGACACCGCCAAUCUACACCGGCGCCAACAGCAGUUCAUAACUCGCAAGGCCCUGCAGGUGAGCCCAGGCUGAGUCGGCACAAGUGAAUAAUGCGCCUUGUGCAGUGCACCAACCCCCAUUUUCAUAGCGCCAUGACCAUUCGUACUCAGUAGGCUGUCAGGCAGAAACCAUUCAAUCAUCACACCGAUCAUGAAAGCCUCUGGGUAUGUACUCUUUUCUAUACCAGUUAGUCUGGCACGGUACAGAGUACACGCACUCUGGUGCCCGUCAGCAGCCAUGGUCCAGACGGCCAACUAAUGCAGCACAGCGAUUACGCAAGUGGGCUCGGCACGGCAAAGCCCAUUCAUAUCACGUACUGAGACCUCUUGGCCUUGCGGAGAGGCACUUUCAAGCACGCCUCUUUGAGCAGCUUACACGGAAGCACAACACACAUUUCUCCAUCCUUCGCAACACCGGACCAUUAUCCUCCCUACAGCGCCUUGUCGCCCAUCCCAUCUCUGCGUUGCUGCAUACCCAGUGUGAUCCCGACUCGAGCAUGGCAGGGAAACCCCGUUGCAUUCGUUUAAGGUUGUGUCGGGUGGUUUAUCGCCUUCAGACGAGAUGAAAGACAAUCUGACCCGGCCGACUCGUCACAAUUUGAGCUCCAGUCCGCAGUCCACAUACAAGGCCGGCGCCCAUGCACCAGAGAAUGAUUUGUCUGACAAUCUUGAGAUACAGGUUCUCCGUGGACGGCCCAGGACGGAAGUGCUCAGCCAUUGCGAGUUACUUGGCCAAACGGGCAAAUGUGACCAGAUCCAGGGUCAUUCCCGCCCCGAAUCUUGCAUGGCGCAGGCGCAAGAGACGCGCAAACUCUCACUUUGGCCGAGCCGACGGGCCGUUCAGCAAGCCAACGACGCCCCGAUACGCCUACAUAAUGUACUUUGUCCAGACAGCCGAAAGAGUAACCCAAAUAGCGACUCUCCACCGCCGCCACGAGUCGCCAAUGAUGAGAUGAGUGGCGUAUGACACAGAUUUGAGUCUUUGGAGACCAUUUUUGGCCCCCAUACACUCUUUUGCUCGACGCACGCGGUGGGACAGUUGGGAAGACGUGAAAUGACAUUGCUGUUCUGGUCAUGGUCCACCGUUCAGGUCACCUUACCGUUGCGGCGGUGCCUCUGC